AUGUUUGGUGGCCUGGAUUGGACAACGACAUCGCAGCCAAAGUCAAAAGUUGCGAAUCUUGUGCCUCAACCGCAGAUGACCUUCAACCAGUUCCCCUACACCGUUGGGAACGUCCAGAACAUCCUUGGACGAGACUGCAUUCCGAUUUUGCGGAGUACGACAAAAAGAAAAGAAACACUUCCUAGUGAUUAUAGAUGCUCACAGCAAUGGCCGGAAGUUGUCCAAGUACGCCGUCAGACUGUGACCGAUACCACGAAGGCCUUCCAAGAAAUCUUUCUGCGGCAGGGUACCCCUGAGCAGUUGGUGACCGAUAAUGGCCCACAGUUCACCAGUGCUGAUUUCAAAUCCUUCUUGGAGCUACGUGGAAUCAGUCACAUUCUCACACCACCCUAUCACCCCAAGUCCAACGGACAAGCAGAAAACUUCGUAAGGUCCCUGAAGCAAGCAUUACGUCGUGCUCAAGCUGGGAAGGAGGAAGAGCCUGUUGGAACGUUUCUCGCGAAAUAG